UUGGAUUUAAUGAAGCUUUAAAACAAUUAGAUUUAUGUAUUAAUUUUCCGGUCGUUGAAAUCACUUAUAAAGCUGAUUUAUUGGAAUCUUUUUCAACAAAUGAAGAACAUGGACAUAUUUUUGCGAAAAAUUUUAUAGCUGGUGGACAGUUAUUUAUCAAAAACUUCAAAGUUUUUUCAAGUCAAGUUAAACAAAUCAAUAUUUUAAAAUUUUAUUUAGCUUUAACGUAUAAUUCAGCGAAAAACAAUAGUGGAAUUCAAUUCAAUAGUAGUCAUUUUGAUUUAAUGCAUUUUUUACCAAGAAUAGAAACGUCAAGUGGAAAAGAAAUAAGAACUCCCAAAGAAUUGUCUAAUUGGAUGAAUGAUUUAUAUCAAAAUAAUAUAAUUGAAAUAAUUUCUUAUAAUAAUAUUAUUCCCAUUUCUAAAUUAACUAAUGAAACACUUACAAUAGAUAAUGUUAAUGAAAAUCAACUAGUAGAUAAUUUUAAUGAAAGACAACCAGGAAUUGCUAAUUUUGAAGAUAGAUUAAGUUUGGAAGAAUGGAUUGAAGAAGAUUUGUGUAGAUUAAUAAGUUGGAUCAAAGAUUUUCACCUACUUCAAGGUUUCAUAAUCAAUAAAUUACAUAAAAUAGAAAAUAGCAAGAAAAUUUCCAUCAAUUUAACGGGAAUUCCUCAAGUUAAUGAAAUUGAUAAUUCUUAUUUUGAAAUUACAAAUGCGACAACAAAAUUAGAAGAAAUUUUUAUAUCCAAUAAUAUUUUUUCAAAUAAGAAUAUUGGAACUUUUCCAUUUUUAUUUAUUAAAAAUGAUGAUUUUAAUAAGAAAAAUAUCAAUUUUGUAGUCAAAAGUGAAAAAUAUGAAAUUUUAAUAAGUAAGGAUAAUAUAAAACCUUCAGAAGAAUUUAAUAAUGCUAUAGAAAAAGCAAUUAAUAGUAUGAAACCAUUUAAUGAAUUACAAAAUGUAUUUGAUGAAUAUGGACAUUUAUUUCCUUUAAGAAUUAUAUUUGGAAAAUCUUUUAAAAAUAUUGUUAAUACCAAUUAUUUUAAUAAUUUUGAAAAGAUUAAAUUAAAAUUACCGAUUGAAUCUUUAAAUGCAUAUUCAAAAAAUUUAAAUAUUUCAUAUUUUAUUACAAAAGAAGGAAAAGUUAUUAAAGAAGAUGAAAUAUAUAAUAGAAUACAAAAUAUAAAUGAUGAAGAAUUAGAAAUUAUUGAAUUGGACGAAAUAAUUUCUUUAUAUGACAUUCUUGAAUUAAAACAAAAAAGGAGAAUUGACGCUAUAUUAAGCGAUAAUAAUCAAAAUAAUUUAAAAAUUAUAAUGACCGGAAUAACAGACUUGAGAAAUUUAAAUAAUAAUGAUAGUGAACAUUAUAAACAAAUAAAUAUCGAACCAUCGUUAAAUGAUGAAAAUUAUGAAGUAUUUGGAACAAUUAUUUCAGAAAAUAAUUCAAAGAUAGAUCAAAAAAAUAUUUCUAUUAAAUUUGGAUUUUAUGAUGUUAACGGAUUUUUCGCGAUAAUAAAAAAAUUAGAAGAAACGAAUAUAGAUAUAAGUGAAUGUUACGUUUUAUGGAUGAUUAUUGGAAAUCCUUUAAAAUUAUCAAUUUUUAGUCCAAUUAAUCGAGAAAUACAAGUAAAUUGUGUCAAAGAAUCUAUUAAAAUACAACAUGUUAGACCAAUUUAUAGUAUCAAAACUCCUUUUCUUUUAUCUGAAAAAUGUUCAAUUCUUAUUAACGUGACAACAGAUUAUGAAUCUAAAAAUAUCAUCAAAUUAGUUGAAUGGUCACGUAAUUCCAUUACUUUUCAAAUAAUUAAUUCAACUAUCAAAUCAGAAGUUCAACAAGAUUCUUCAGAAACGAAUAUUAGUAUGGACUUACAUAUUUGUAUUUUAAGUUCAGAUUAUAAAAGCUUAAAGAUUGAUUGUAAAAAUAAUAAUGGGAGUGAUGAAUAUUUUUUGGAUUUAUUUGGAUACAAUUUAACUAAAGAUAAUUUUAAUGAGAAUUUAUUAAAUAAGUUCGAUAUUGAUCCUUUUAUAGAUGGUGACAUUCAGGUUCAUUUAAAAGGUAAACCUAUUACGAGUAAUUUCAGCAAACCACUUCAUCAAAUUAAUUUCAGUAAACCGAUCUACUAUAGUAAAUAUAUUACUAAAAGCGUUAUUAAAAAAUAAUUAAAAGAAUUGGUAAGUAUACGAGUUGCUAAAGUACCGGCCUAUUUAUCGGAAUUUUAAUUUUAAUAUUGAUAUUGAAAUAUAUAUAUUUUUUUAGUAGUUUGCGUACUAUAUUUGUGUAUUUGUCAGUUACGCAAAAAAUUAUUUUGGCAGAUAUAUUUUUUUCUUUUUAUGUUUUAGUUACUACUGUAUCAUAUAAUUAAUACGCGUAGCUUAAAAUCUUUAAUUCUGAUAAAAUUAUAGAGUAUAUACAUUUUAAGGCAGUGCGGGCCAUAUUUCAAAUUCGUGGGAUUAUGGGAAAUAACAAUUACUAACUACACAGUGAAAUUC